CGACCAUUUGGACUUCACUCACUCCUACUUUGUCCGGAAGGCUACACGGGAAAUGGUGAAUGCCUGGUUUGCUGAGCGAGUGCACUCCAUCCAGCCCUCCAGAGAGGGACCCAAGGUUCAGGCUGAGCCUCUGGUUGUUCUUCCCCCGAUUAGCCUUACUGAGACUGGGCCCUCAUCCAGCCCUGCUCCUAGCACGCCCACGCGUAAGAUCUCAGCAUCCGAGUUCGACCGUCCCCUGCGGCCCAUCGUAGUCAAAGACGCAGAGGGAUCGCUCACCUUCCUGAGCGACACUGAACGCGUGCAGAUGCCGCUCCGAGCCCAGCGUUCCGCCGAGGGGUCCGAUGACGGCGCGGGUCGAGGUGGGGACCGCUGCGCCCGUUUGUUGGAGCUGGUUCGAGAUGUGUCCAGCCACCUGGACCUGACGGCGCUGUGCCACCGCAUCUUCCUGCACAUCAACGAGCUGAUAGCCGCCGACCGUUACUCCCUCUUCCUGGUAGGCGAAGACAGCUCCAACAGGAAGUAUCUCGUAAGCCGUCUCUUCGACGUGGCCGAGGGUUCCACUUUGGAGGAGGUGUCCAACAACUGCAUCCGCCUGGAGUGGAACAAAGGCAUCGUGGGUCAUGUGGCCGCCACAGGCCAGCCUUUGAAUAUCAAGAACGCAUACGAGGAUCCCAGGUUCAAUGCAGAGGUGGACCAAAUCACGGGAUAUAAGACACAGAGCAUCCUUUGCAUGCCCAUUAAAAACCACAGAGAUGAGGUUGUUGGUGUAGCACAGGCAAUAAAUAAGAAGAGUGGUGAGAACAGUGCCUUCACAGAACAGGAUGAGAAGGACUUUUCAUCCUACCUAGCUUUUUCCGGGAUCGUUCUGCACAACGCACAGUUGUACGAGACCUCGCAGCUUGAGAACCGGCGGAAUCAGGUGCUGCUGGAUCUGGCUAGUCUUAUCUUUGAGGAGCAGCAAUCAUUGGAAGUUCUGCUGAGGAAAAUUGCCGCCACCAUUUUAUCUUUCAUGCAAGCCCAGUGCUGCACCGUCUUCAUCGCUGAUGGAGAAACAACGAACACGUUCUCCAGUGUGUUCCACAUGGAAUACGAGGAACUUGGCAGCUCUGUAGAUUUCCCCAACAGUGACCAUGAUGUGAGUAAAAUCAACUACAUGUACGCACAGUAUGUGAAAAACACUAUGGAACCUCUGAACAUCGCAGACGUCACUAAAGACCAGCGCUUUCCAUGGACGAGUGAAAACUCUGAGUCUUCAAGCAGUCAGAUCAAGAGUUUGCUCUGCACUCCUAUAAGGAAUGGGAAAAAAGACAAAGUAAUAGGUGUCUGUCAGUUGGUCAAUAAGAUUGACGAAGCCUCGGGUGACGUGAGAGCUUUCAAUCGUAACGACGAGCAGUUCCUGGAGGCUUUCGCCAUCUUCUGCGGCCUGGGCAUCCAAAACACUCAGAUGUACGAGACUGUGGAGAGAGCGAUGGCCAAGCAGGAGGUCACGCUAGAGGUCCUCUCAUACCAUGCCUCCGCUGGGGAGGAGGAAACACGGGUGCUCCAGGUAACUGCGGCGGCAACCAUUCCCUCCGCGCAGUCUCUCAGGCUGUUGGACUUCAGUUUCAGCGACUUUGAACUGACAGACUUUGAGACCACACAGGCCACCAUCCGAAUGUUUGUCGACCUCAAGCUUGUGCAGAACUUCCAGAUGAAAUACAAGAGCUUGUGUCAGUGGAUUUUGAGCGUGAAGAAGAACUACAGGAAGAACGUUGCAUACCAUAACUGGCGACACGCGUUCAAUACGGCCCAGUGCAUGUUCGCCGUGCUCAAAUCAGGAAGGUUGCAGAAUCAUCUGAGUGAUUUGGAAAUCUUGGCUUUAAUGAUUGCCACUUUGAGUCACGAUCUAGACCACAGAGGUGUCAACAACUCCUACAUAAAAAGGAGUGAGCACCCACUUGCUCAGCUGUAUUGCCACUCCACGAUGGAGCAUCACCACUUUGACCAGUGCCUCAUGAUCCUUAACAGUCCAGGCAAUCAGAUCCUGAGCAGCCUUUCCCUGGACGAGUAUAAAGCGACACUGAAGAUGAUAGAGAAGGCUAUUUUGGCGACAGACUUGGCCCUUUACAUGAAGAAAAGAGGCGAGUUCUUUGAAUUGGCCAAAAACAAUCAGUUUGUGUGGGAGGAUGACUAUCAUCGCGAGCUGCUAAGGUCUAUGCUGAUGACUGCGUGUGAUAUCUCGGCAAUAACCAAACCAUGGCCCGUUCAGAAGAGGGUAGCUGAGCUAGUCGCUACAGAGUUCUUCGAACAGGGUGACAAAGAGAGGCGGGAACUGAACAUCGAACCAAUCGACCUGAUGAACCGGGAAAAACGGGAUAAGAUCCCAAGCAUGCAGGUGUCAUUUAUUGACGCUAUUUGCACGCAGUUGUACGAGACACUGGCCAGUAUGUCAGAGCACUGUUCUCCUCUGCUGGAGGGAUGCAGGAAGAACAGGCAAAAUUGGAAGCUACUUGCGGAGCAGGGAGAGGACAGGAGCAUGGUCAACAGAGCACUGUAACGAGACAGAUGACACCACCGCAUUCAAUCAUCAGUACGCUCAAACGGCUUCUUCACUCAAAGAGCACUGACCAUAACGCAUCUGGACGGUCAAAAGCUAACGUGGAUAGGACGGCCGCCGUUUGCUUUGACUUAUUCAUGUGUUUUAGACAUCAGUGCUUUUUAAAGAAAAGAAGAUGAGAAGGAGGAACUAUGUAAGAGGAUCAAGACAGGGACUGUUAUGUUUUUAUCUAAAGUCACUAAGUAGCCUCCACAACCUCCUUGAGGUGG